UGUACAACUGUCAUAUUUAAUGCAGCGAAUUAAAAAAUAAAUUUACAUUUUGCGGAUAUUAACAAUUGCUUUAUAAAGUAACUUUACAGUAAAUAUUGCUUUAUUUAUUGUUCGAUGUAUAGAUAACAAUAUAUGUUUACAAUGUCGUCUUUUGAAACGUUACGGAAAGACUAUAGUAAAUACGUACAGCAGUGUUUAAAGACAUCGGAUAUAGCUACUUUUCAAAAACAAUGUACAGAACAGUGUGCUAAUGAUAAGGACAGAAAACCAGCGAUCGACCAAGCUUUAAGAGAUACUUUAGUCACUAUAUUAUCGAAUAAUGCCAAUAAUAAUACUCAAGCUUUGGAAACAUAUAUUAAAUUUUGUAUAGAGCUCUGUAGAAAAGAUUUAGCAACAACGAGUAUACCUGUUAUGCUACUAAGUGACAUGUUUGAUGCAAUGACUUUAGAUCAUUGCGAAGAACUAUUUACAUAUGUGGAAAAUAAUGUUGCUAUUUGGAAAGAAGAUUUAUUUUUUGGUGCUUGUAAAAAUAAUUUACUAAGAAUGUGUAAUGAUCUUCUUAGGAGACUUUCUAGAUCUCAACAAACAGUAUUUUGUGGAAGAAUUUUGCUAUUUUUGGCAAAGUUUUUUCCAUUUUCAGAAAGAUCUGGACUUAAUAUUGUUAGUGAGUUUAAUUUAGAGAAUGUCACCGAAUUUGGAACGGAAAAGUCAGAAGAAGAAGUAGCACAACAAAUGGAAACUGAUGAAGAAAAAGUUGAUAUUAAAAUAUCGAUAGACUAUAAUUUGUAUAGGAAAUUUUGGGCCCUACAAGAUUUCUUCCGAAAUCCAAAUCAGUGCUAUAAUAAAAUGCAUUGGAAAAUUUUUUCUACUCAUGCCACAAAUGUAUUAUCAGCAUUUGCUUCAUUUAAACUAGAAGAUCAAAAAGAUUGUAUAAUAGAUCAUUCGAAACUUGAAUUAUCAAUGGAAGGCCUUUGUAAAGAAUCGCAUUACUUUGCAAAAUAUUUGACAAAUGAAAAAUUAUUAGAACUACAAUUGUCUGACUCAAAUUUUAGACGAUACGUUUUGUUACAGUUUUUAAUAUUAUUUCAGUAUUUAAACAGUACGGUAAAAUUUAAAUCAGAAACACAUGAAUUGAAAACAGACCAAGUCGAAUGGGUUACUGCAACUACGGAACAAGUUUAUACUCUACUCACUGAAACUCCACCAGAUGGAUCUGUUUUUGCAGAAUCUGUGAAACAUAUUUUAAAACGUGAAGAAUUUUGGAAUGCUUGGAAAAAUGAAGGCUGUCCAGCUUUUAAAAAACCAGCUGUAGAGCCAAUUUCAGAAACAAAUGAAACAAGAAAACCUAAAAGAUUAAAACGACGCAUCGGUGAUAUGAUACGUGAUGCACAAGUAGUCGGAAAAUAUUACAUGGGGAACCCAGAAUUAACGAAAUUAUGGAACUUGUGCCCAAAUAAUCUUGAAGCUUGUAAAUCCAAAGAUCGAGACUUUUUACCAUCUUUAGAAAUUUAUUUUGAGGAAGCAAUCGAACAGUUAGAUCCAGUGGCAGGAAUUGAAGAAGAGUACAAAAAAGUUAACGAUGGUAAUUUUGGUUGGAGAGCACUAAGACUAUUAGCUAAAAGGAGUCCACACUUUUUUGUACAUGGAAAUUACCCCAUUAAUAAGCUACCUGAAUAUCUUGAAAUAAUGAUUAAAAAAAUAGCUAAAGAUAGACCACAAACUCAAAUGGAUAUGAAGCAAGAAGCAGGAGAAACACCGCCACCUGAACAAAUUGAUCAAGAUUUUAGUGAAGAAACUUUGAAACAAGAUUCCGAAACUAUAGAAAGUAAACCUAAAAUAAGUCGAGAAUUAGUGGAAAAAUUAGCAGAAGUUUUGAAGAAAAAUUGGGAAAAAUUAGCUGUUAAAUUAGGAUACACAGAUGAUGAGAUAUUUUUCUUUGCUAAGAAACAAACACCAUAUGAACAAUGCCAAGAAAUGUUAAUUAUAUGGACUGAAGAAGAUCCUGAUGCAUCCAUUGAAAACUUAAAAUCUAUUUUACACAACUUAAAUUAUACAGAAGCAUUAGAAGUAUUAAACACUAAUACUUUGUAAAUUAAUAGACUUUAUAACUUUUGUAAUUAAAUAAAUAUAAAAAACA